AUGGCACUCAAUACCCUUAUCUUCGGUGGCUCCGGGAAAUGUGCGAGGCAUAUCACCAAAUUAUUGAGCAGUCAAGGACAUACUGUGCACUCAGUGAUCAGAAACCCAGACCAAAAAUCCGAUAUCGAACAGCUCGGCGGAAAGCCCAUAGUUCAGAGCAUUGAAGACUCCUCUGUCGAUGACAUGGUACAGACCAUCAAGUCCACCAACGCCACCGCAGUGCUGUGGUGUGCCGGUGCUGGUGGAGGCAACCCAGAGCGUACCAAGGCUGUCGACAAUGAGGGUGCAAUCCGCAGCAUGGACGCCACGGCUGAGGCCGGCGUCAAGCGGUACAUCAUCAUCUCUGCUCUGGAUGUUCGCGACAAAGCCAAUGCUAGCACCGAACCGGACUGGUACAAUGAUGCCGACCGAAAGCGCAGUGACGGUGUCUGGAAGGUGAUCAAGCCAUACAUGGAGGCGAAAUUUGCAGCGGAUCGGAGUCUGGCUUCGGAGAAUGGCCGUAGAAAGCUCGACUACACGAUUGUUCGACCUGGUGGACUGACGAACGACCCUGCCAAGGGUGCGAUUGAGGCUGGCAAAGUUCAUCUCCACAAUCAGAUUUCGCGUGAAGAUGUUGCAGCUGUGGUUGUGGAGUGUCUGAAGCGAGACGACACCAUCGGUUUGGCUUUUGAUUGCGUCGGAGGCGAAACACCAGUCGCUGAAGCGGUUGCAAAGGUCGGCGCAGAAAAGAUCAACACCUUUGAAGGCAGAUAUUAA